AAAGGUUAAGUAGUUACGUGAUAGCCUUCGCUCUCCUUCCAUGGCCUCCCUCACCACCCUCAACUGGAAGGACAUCGUCGAUGUUUCCAGACCAUCUCUAUGGAUUGCGGUCAGUGCUAUAGCAUUCAAUCCAAUAGCUUGGAAUAUCAUCGCUAGAAACGAAUACAAAAACAAGACUAUAACGCGUAUAUUCGGUGGAAACCCGCGAUAUGGUUGUUAUUUCCUCGCUAUCAUGAUUUUUUCAUUUGGUAUGCUCCGAGAUUCUCUAGCCACGCGUGCGAUGUACGAACAACCCCAAGUCGCUUUACUCCCAGAACCAUACGCUACCUACGUCCCAGUCGCAUUGAUUGGCGUAGGACAACUUUUCACGAUCACUUCGACUUGGGCGUUGGGUAUCACUGGGACGUUUUUGGGUGACUAUUUUGGGAUUUUGAUGGACCAUAGAGUUGAAGGGUUCCCUUUCAAUGUCCUUCGAGACCCAAUGUAUAUGGGAAGCACCAUAUCCUUCUUUGGUGGGGCUCUGUGGCUCGAAAGACCUGUUGGGUUACUCGGGGCUUUAUACGUUUACCUCGUUUACAUGAUCGCACUCCGUUACGAGGGACCUUUCACAGACAUGAUCUAUUCAAAGCGCGAAGCGUCGAAAAAGGAACUUUAACGUCCACCCUUCAUGACGGAAACGAUCCAUCUUUACACGCACGACCUUAGAUAUUCAACACACAUAUACCUCAAAUCGACUAAUCCUUUCACACCACGGAGAAUAAAAGCACGGAACUCCGUAUUAUUGUUUGGCUAAUAGAUGAGGAAUUAUACUUGAUUUUACCUACAGAUGCAAAUUUAGCGCAGCAGUGGAAUUUCCGCAGUGAGAGAGAGAUGUCAGACGCGAAUGAAUGAGGAUAAAUAACGCACAGGGUAUGUGGGAUUAAUAUUC